CACCGGAUUGGACAGGAUUGUGUCCCAAUCCGGUGUUUGGGAGGAACAAAUGAAGGAGCGGAUAAGUUAGCUGCUACAGUGAAAUAAUCCCCCGAGAGGGGGAUUAAGCUAACCCGUCCUUCCCCCUGGGUCAAAUUUCUGUCCGGAGCUCAUCGAAGGCGUUGGUGGUGUCUCUCGCGUGCCUCUGCCCAUAUCAAGCUCUGUGUUCUUCUUCUUGAAUCUGAUCGCAUCAUAGCUCGUCUCCAACAACCAUAUUCACUAGAUUGCAUUCCAGUGGAGGCAGAGUAUCAGCAAUGGAAGUUGGAGGUAGCAGUAACGAUAAUAGGGGUGGUGACUCUAGGCGUACAUGGACUCAACGAGAGGAAGAAGCUUUACUGAUUAUCUUAGAUGAAGCUGUAGCUAGUGGGCAACGUUGUGAUACAGGGUCAUUUAAGCCUGGCACACUUACUAUGAUUGAGAGGCGACUAUCUGAUCUGUGUCCUAAUUCGAGACUACGAGCCAAUCCACAUAUUGAGUCGAAGAUGAGAAAGUGGAAGAAGCAAUAUGGUAUAAUAUAUGACAUGUUGAACAAAAGUGGAUUUGGAUGGAAUGACUCUCUUAAAUGCGUGGAGGUUGACAGUGAAGAAGUUUGGCAAGCAUAUGUGCAGAGUGCCCCAAGUGCAAAAGGUUGGAGAGGAAAAUCUUUUCCUAUUUAUGAGAAGCUUGCUAAUAUUUUUGGGAAGGAUCGGGCAACCGGACAUGGAGCACAAACUCCAAUUGAUAUGAUCAAUGAAAUAAAUCUAGACACUGCAGAUGAACCAAUUGAUAAUGUCGAUUCUCCAAUGUCUGUGAAUCGAGGAGGUAGUGAACCAUCUACACAAGUCCAAGCAAGAGGUAAACGAAAAUCUAGAUCGAAGGACGAUGACAUUGUAGCCGGGUUAGGCAAUGCAGCAGAGAAAUUAUUUGAUAAAUUGGCUGCAAAGUUGGAAAAAUCCGAGGCUUAUUAUCCACAAUAUUUAGCUAUGGAGCUUGACAGGUUAGGAUUUGAGGCCAGUGAUAACCUCAAAAUCUCUAAGGCAAUGAGAUCGGAUCCAUCGAAUAUAGAGGUUUUUAAGGUUAUUAAAACGGAUGCGGGGAAGAUUGCAUAUGCUCGUGACUUUUUGGAUAACUAAUUUAGUAAAGUAGUGGACUACAUAUUUCUGUUUAUGUAUGGGAGGAUGAUAAUUAUGAACAAUUAGGUUUGAAACUUAUGAACUUGUUGUAUGGUGGUGGAUGUUUGUUUCUAAAUUUGCAUGUAAGGAUAAUUUUAUGAUUAUGUGUUAUGUUUUAGAAUAUUCAUAUGCGCGUGAUUGAGUUGAUUUAUUGAUUUUUUAAUUGUAUUACUAUAUUAUAUUAUAAUGUAUUCUUAUAUGCAGGAAUAUUAAAUGGCAAGGAGAAGAGUUUAUGUUGUGUUUAAAGGUAGAGAACCAGGGAUAUAUAAUUCUUGGCCUGAAUGUCAUCAACAAGUGCAAGGAUUUAGAGAUAAUUUAUAUCAAGCAUAUAAUACAACCCAAGAAGCUGAAAUUGCAUAUGUUGAGUAUGUAGAACAACGGAUGCGGAAUCGUAAUGACGCAAAUCUAAUACGAAAUACCACCGCACAUACACAUGCUCAAUUGAACAAUGAAUGGCGUAAUGGUUUUAUAGUAGGUUUUUUAUUUGGAUUGCUAUCAACAAGUGUAUUUACUUAUUUGUUUUAUAAGUAAAUUAUCCUUGUAAAAUCCAAUAUAUUUAUAUUUAUGUAGUACUUGUUAUUUGAAUUGCUACAUGUGAAAUCUAUAUACAUAUACGUAUAAUUUGGA